AUGUUCUCCAGCCUGGCGACCAAAAUCGCCCUCAAAAAGGCCGGCAUCCCCUCCAACGCACUCGACUUCUCGUCCCCCCGCGAACCCAACAAGCUGCGCAAAGACCAACCCGCCGACGACCAAGACUCCAACAACUGGUCCAGCUGGCUGUCCUACAAGUCCCUCCCCCUCACCGUGCACCCGUGGCUCUCGCCGCCCCCGCCGCCCAUCCAAGUGCAGGGGUGGAAGGAGAAGGGCUGGCUGGGCGACAAGGUGGCCGAGGCGAUGCAGCGCAAGGGGACGACGGCGGCGCAGCCCGCGAGAAACCAACAACAACACCCCGAGAGACGGCGCGCCGCGGGUGCUGCUGGUGCUGCUGGGGGUGGCGGCGUCGGGCCCGGCGAGGACGACAACGUCGACGACGACGGCGGCGUUUCCACAGUCAUGGGGAACAAGUGGCAAGAGUCGGGCGCUUUUGCCGUUGACGGGAGGGGGACCGUCAUUUGGGGAGGCAAGGCCAUGAGGGCAGAUGACGUGAUGGACUUGGAAGAGGGCGCUAAGCUUUUGGCUUUGUGA